AUGGCUAUCUAUAGCGCUGUUCCGCCCCCUCCGGAGUUAAUCAACACGGCGAACGAUUCAAGCAAUUUGAACCAAGAACAGCAUCAGCAGCCACCGAACUCGAAUCCAAUAACAGCAGGUUCAGCACCAAAUGGACUUGAUGUUGAAGCAUGGACGAUAUCUGCACUCGAAUCCCUUAGUGUAUCUUCGAUCGCCCGUGGUAUUGGUGCCCCGCUAUCAAUCCCAUUAGAUGAGCAUGAGUCUACGAGGAAAACAUCCGUCACCGUUCAAGAUCCUCGCUCUAAAUCUACUCCCAUUACGCCACCACAGCGUCCUUUAUCCCGCCGUGACAGCCAACGCAGACGUGAGGCACUCCUAAAGGGCAAUGAGGGUAGCCGACAGCGGCGGCGUUGGGAAAAUGACCGUCUCAUGCAUGUACCCAACGUACAGCCUCCACAGCCUUUUGACUGGGAGCCACGCCCGCUACACCCCGUAAACCAUGUCCCUUAUCAGAUCGCAGUCGUCUGGGACAAACGUGUCCGCGCCGAAGUCGAGACGAAAACGGACAUAGCCGCUCGUCGUAAGCAAAUGCAGACUAGGACACUAGGUGACGCUCACGUCCCAGGACGAGUGCCCCGCGAACUGUUCCAACGUGCCAAGAAAACCCCCGCCGUUAAGACUUGGGUUCGCUCGCUCGAAGAACCUGUCCGCCGAUACCUCGUCGAACAGGAGCUUGCCAAAGAACCUCUGUCCUCGGAAAGUGAGGAUACUGAAGAUGAGGAAAUUGUGUUUGUUGGUCGGGACGGCAAUACACGGGAUGGCUGGAAGAAAGCAAAGCGAGAAAGUAAGGGUAAGACGGAGGAAGAGGGGAUGAUCUUUGAUGCCUUGGGUGAUGAUACCGAUAGUGCAUUCAGGCGAUGGAUUACGCAUUCCAUUUCUGAUUAUUACGGCCUCAAUUCUCGCUCGGUCCUCAUAGGCAACCCAAAGCGCAAGGUGGUAUAUGUACAAAUGAAGACCGGACACUCCCCACCACUACGACCAGACCUACCCCGACCCCUCUGGGAGCUAUGCUGA